GCCCUGUCUAGCCAUAGACACAGGAGGGUGAGCUGAAGGCAAAAGUCCCGAGAUCCCACUGCUGACACCAUGGCCUCAGAAGCUGGCAACGUCAACCCAGAGAGUGAAGACAUUCUUCCUGCCAUUGAGUUUUUACUGGACCUACGGAGCAUAGAGAAACUGCGGUGCCUGCUGAGUGCUGAAGCCUGGCAGAGAUUUGUGGCAGCAGCCAGUGUGCCCAGGGAGGAGGCAGAUGUGCUGUAUGAAGAACUGAACCAGCUGAAAAGACUCAUGGCUGCGGAGGAUGAACAAAUGCUGUCAGAUGAGCAGCGGCACAGGGGGAUGUUUCUAAAGAAGUUUCCUCUCGUGGAACAGGAGAUCGAGGAGUGCAUAGCACAGCUCCAUGCGCUGGCAGACAAUGUUGACAAGGUGCACAGGGACUGUAGCAUCUCCAACGUGGUGGCCAGGUCCACCGGUGCUGUGUCUGGCACUCUGACCAUUGUUGGCCUGUCCCUGGGACCCAUGACAGCCGGGGCCAGUCUGGUGCUUGCAGCAACUGGGGCAGGACUUGGGAGCAAUAGCUGA